AAUGAUGGAGAUGCUGGUCUUUGUGAUGGUGUGCUCUUCCUCUUGUCUACAGACUCUUGUCAGCUGACACUGGACCCCAACACAGCAUACAUGCGCCUUUCUCUGUCAGAGGGGAACAGGAAGGUGACAUGUGUGGCAGAGGAGCAGCCAUAUCCUGAUCAUCCAGAGAGAUUCAUCUGUUGUCAAAUUCUGUGCAGAGAGAGUCUGACUGGUCGCUGUUACUGGGAGGCUGAGUGGAGCGCAGACAGAGCCCGGAUUGGAGUGACUUAUAAAGGAAUCGGGAGGAAAGAAGCGAGUGCUGACUGUGUGCUUGGACAUAAUGACAAGUCAUGGAUUCUGUGUUGCUCUCCUCAUAGUUAUUCUGUCUGGCACAAUCAUAAACCAACUUACAUACCCAUACACCCCUCAGGUUCCCGCAGAGUAGGAGUGUAUCUGAACUGGGAGGCCGGUACUCUGUCCUUCUACAGAGUCUCCUCUGAUGGAUUGACCCUCCUGUAUAAUUUCAGCUCCUCAUUCACGGAGCCCCUUUAUCCAGGGUUUUAUAUUUAUCAAAACUCUUCAUUGUCCCUAAGCAUGCUGGGAUAGCUCAGUGUGUUGGAGGAAAAAUUUUUACUUAAUCUGGAGUGGCUUUCCCGAAAGCUUUGUAAUGCUAUUGUAGUUCAUUAUCUGCAGGCUACAUAAUGAGCUAACCAAUCACACUUGCUAUGCAUUCAGUCACAUCUUUUGAAGUGGGAAGGUGAGACAGAAAUGGCAGAAAGUUGUGCAAGUAAACCAAAGACAAUGCUUUCAUCCAGGAAGUUAAGUUGCUUGUCUGAAUAUUGUUUUGCAGGUGGCCAUGAACCUUUUGGGCAAUUUCAUUAAUGAACAGUUCAUAGAGAAAUACAGGCUUGCCUGGGGUGAAAUAAUGAGCCUCCUUGGUCUGGUGCAGGAUAAAUUGAAAAGAGGAACACACUGAAUUUUCUGCACUGUGCAGCUUUUGACAGCUCUCUGCUUCUACGCCACCAGUGGAUUCCUGCAGUGUACCGCAUCUGUGCAUGCAUUGACCACAUUUCUGUUACACUGUGUGCACAGCUACAUACAAUGUCCAGCAGAAGGGGAGGCCUUGCAUGACACUAAAAUUGGUUUUCAUGCCAAUGCAGGCAUACCUGUAGGUGCACCUGCACCUGUGUAAAGGGUUAUUAGCACUAGGCACAAAUAUCCAAGUGAUAUGCAAUCAUCAAGGACAUUUGACAGACAUUGUUGCCUAGUGGCCUGGGUAUACACAUGAUGCUUAUAUCUGGUACAGAUUUGAAGUGAGUCAGAUGGCAAAGGAUGGUGUGUUUGCUGGUGGCUGUUUAUUGGGAGACAUCAGGCAUCCUCUUAGCGAUCACCUGCCAAUUCCAGUGUUGAAUCCCCGAACUGUGGCUGAGGAGAGAUAUAACACCACACACCAAAGAACACACUGCUGUAGAGCGUGCUUUGGGCAUGUGAAAGAUGUGAUUCUACACAAGUUCUUGGGAGUGCGAAGAUUUGCUGAUGCUGUGUUGUUCUUGUUAUGUCUAGUGUGCUGCACAACAUUGCAGUAAUUAUUCUAUUAAAAUAUAUUUUUGACCACCUCCUCAAUAAAGGCUUCUUUUGAGAAGUGUUACUUCCUUUUCCUAUUGCUGCACUCCAUUGUCCUUUUGUUUACAAGGAUCACAUUUUGAGUGCAUUUAUAUAAUUUCAACAAAUAGGUAAUUUUUUUUUUGUCAAUUUUGGUUGUUUUGUUGUGUUUUUAUUGAUUUUCUGUACUUUUUUACAUUUGCAUAUAUCUGGUGUGACAAUCAUAUAACACAUACUUAUGUUAUAUAUGUUAUAUAUUUCACCAUUGAAAUGCAUGGGAUUGAUUUUCCUGUUAUUGACAGUUUAUGAUUUUCUUACGCGGAGGCUGAGGAGGAGCCAUGAAAGACAGUUACUACUUAAAGGUUCUUUGUUAAUUCUGGAAUAACAAAGGGUUUUGGGAAAUGCACAGACCUCAGUCGUUCUUUACUUACGUUGUUCGUUAUCUUUACUCUAGAUAUCUUUAAUUUUUCCA